AUGGCGCCAAUAUUACAUCAUGUUACAAGAUCGUCGUCUUCUUCUUCACUACCAAAAUCAACAAAUUAUCAUGAUUUCACAACAAAAGUUGAUGAAACUAACAUAAACCCUAACAAAUAUAAAAUAUCAAUUCAGUUGCCUGAAUUCUACAGGAGGGAAUUGCCAUCCUGUUGCAAGUCUUUUUGUUCACAGGAAGGCAAAUUAAUCUUUCAAGAAGCUCUGCUAUCAGGUCACAUGGAUUGCUAUUUUCCACUGGCUGCUCAGUUCAGAACUCAAGAGGAACCUGCUUUCUGUGGUCUUUCAACUCUUGUUAUGGUUCUCAAUACUCUGGAAGUCGAUCCUAAGCGAGUUUGGAAGGGUCCAUGGAGAUGGUACCAUGAAAACAUGUUGGACUGUUGCAUUCCUUUGAAGACCAUUGAGAAGAACGGGAUCACUAUGGACCAGUUUGCUUGUUUGGCUGCAUGCAACAUGCUCCAGGUGGAGAUGGUCAGAAUGAAUCCAACGAGUUCGGAAGAGAAUUUCAGGCAACUUGUCAAACUGCUCACUAAAAGAAUGGAUAAAAUCAUGGUGGUUUCAUAUUCUCGUCUGACACUGGAGCAAACUGGUGACGGUCAUUUCUCUCCGAUUGGUGGGUACAAUCCCGAGAGAGACAUGGUUCUCAUCAUGGACACAGCUCGAUUCAAGUACCCUCCCCACUGGGUUUCACUACCUCUACUUUUUCGAGCCAUGCAAAUGGUCGACCCAACAUCCGAUCUACCUCGUGGUUAUUUCCUUCUAUCAAAAAGUCAGCUCUCGCCAGCACUACUCUUUCAUCCAUCUUCACAUUUCUCGCCACUGGGCAUGGAUGACACAUUGACCAAUUUCUUCAAAUUGUGGGAGAACCUCCUGUGCACCGAACUGACAAGCAGCGACCCCAACAGACAAUUGGACGUUGCUGAUUGGAUAGUUGAUGAAGUUGUGAGAUUGUUGGCUGAAGUUCAAGGUCACGUUCAUUUGUUGACUGCAUAUCUGGAUCCAAAGUUAUCUGAAGAUCGCCAUUUAGCAUACCCAAGCAAAGUUUCUAGCAUGAUCAACACUUUAGAAUCACUACCACUCUUUUCCUGCAUCAAAUCUCGUUCUCCACCACUAAACUUUGAUUCCAUCUGUCACGCUGGCUCCUCUUCCAACUUCACGAACACUGCAAACGAUUCAACAACUCCAGACGAUGCAAUCAGCAUCGAGCUUCGUGAUGUGUUGCACUCGUUGACCCCUGAUCAUUUCCUCGUCAUGUUCCUCCUCUCCUGGCCCUACCACCGCUGCAAGAGACAAACAGUUGGCUCGUCUCUGCACCUCUACAUCACCACGCAACUUUCCAGGGUCCAAUCAAAACUGCUGCAAAACGAGUGCUCUAGGUUGAGACAGCAACUUGCCUCCAUCAUCAACUUCACCAAAAAUUCUUUCCAUUCCUGUCCUCAUCAUCAUCAACGUUGA